GUAUGCUGGCUGUUGAUUGGUCACGUAGGAGGAAGAUGCGACUGCAAUGGAGAAUAGACUCGGGACUUUUCAAAGCGUCCUAUUGAUGUGAUUAAUAUCGUUGAAUGAUUUCCAUGCAUUGACUUGUCGCGAUAUGUAGUUUGAGGCCGUGGGAUUGUUAAGCCUACUAGAAGCAGGGCGGCUUCCAUAUUUUUGUUUCGUUUUGUUGGAUCGUUUGAUUUGAUGUCGUAGCUUAAGUCACUCCCUAGGAAUGUAGCUUGUAGUUACAACACUGGUAGAGCUAUCACUGAAGGUGUUGCUGUGCAAACAAUGCACGAGCGAUGUCUGAUGUUGAGGCCACGUACGCAGACUUCAUCGCCUCUGGCAGGACGGGACGCAGGAACGCCAUGCACGACAUCCUGCAGAGUCCCACCGACCCCGAGGGACGAGGACUGCCCCUCACCCUGUCUCUGUCCCAGCUGCACAUCAACGCAGGAGGUGGAGACGGAGACGACACUGACAGCCAGAUCUCCUCCUCCUCGGGCCACAGGGAGGUGGAGCAGAGGAACAGCUAACCUGCCCCACACUCCUGCCAGUGGGCAGAGAGCUGCAAGAUGGAAUCCAGCAGUCAUUGUGACCAAGCCUUUGGUACAAAGUGAGCUGGUAGCUGGAGGGUAGCACCACCACUGCUGAGGUGCCUAUAAGCAGGGCACUGACCCCCAACCACCCACCCCCCCCCACAUCCACUGUAGAGGCGAUGUGAUCACCGAGCGCUCUCAUGUCCCUGUGGCUCUGCUGUGCACUAGAAUAACAGACUGUUGGCAAGGGGGAAUUUUAGAGUUGGAGUAAGCAGAGAGACAAAUCUGUAGCUCAUGUACAGCUGAUUUUACUUCCAGUCUUAGUUAUGAACACAAAGGCUGAAUGACUGGAAUGAAAGGAGAAAGCUCCUACGUGAGUCUAUGUGAAUCUUUUAGUUGUGCAGGCAAUUUGGAAGACCACUGAGACGUGCUGAUGUAAUGCAGUGGGACUAGCAUGUUUGUAGUGAUGCUGAUAGAGAUUAUAUUGCCAGUUAAUGGCUUGUGCUUCCUUUAAUUUGACAAUACUGUAGAGGGAAUUGGACUACUCAGCUGUAGUAAAACUGGAAACUGGAAAACCCCACGAACAGAAACACUGGGACUUGGUUAAUUUAUUUGUUGGUUGGUGUGUUUACUGAUUCUGUUUUGUAUGAUGGACAACAACCAAUCAUAUGUGAAAUUGUCCUGUAGAAAGCAGCACACUGGAUGGUGGGAUGUCAGUUUUCUGCCGACCAAUAAUACAUAAUAAUACAUUUACAGUAAGUCUAGAUGACAUAUUUCAAUGGCUCAGUGGUUAACAAAGAUGAUGGUGUGUGUCUUUUAAAAUGUUGAUAGUUUUUUAUUUAUUUUUAUUUUUUACUUUUCUACUCAUGCCAUUUUAAUCACAACCGUAAAGGAGUAUAUUGAAAUUUUGGGAAAUAUGCUUAUUUGCUUUCUUGCCAAGAGUUAGAUGAGAAGAUUAAUGCCAAUGUUAUGUGCUAAAUAUAAAAAGAUGUAUGCUAAUUAUGUAGCUUGAGUCAGAAGCAAGGUUAGCUUAUCUUAAAAUAAAAUGGGGAAACGGCUAGCUUGGUUCUGUCUGAAGGAAACAGAAUCCACCCACCAGCCCUCGUAAAGCUCAUUAACUAACAUGGAAUCUCCUGUUUGUUUAAGUCGUACAAAAACUCAUAUUAUGCCAAACUAUUUCUUGGCUGGGAUCAGUUGCUAGGCAACCAGUGGACGCUCCAGGAAGUUAGUAGUCAUUUUUAUACUUAAGUUUUUGAACAGAUUAAAUAAAUGAGAUAAUUAGUGAGCUUUGUCACUAUCCGAUCUGUACUGGAAACCAGAUUUGGUUUUAACCCCUGGCCAAUGGGUUAUCCUGACCCUUAUCGUUCAAUGGCAAUGCCUAACCUUACUGCACAGCUUUAUUGAAUACUGGAUUGUGAUUGGUCAAAUGCAGCAUUUUUUUGGUCUGUUAUUUCUGAAUUAGUCUUGCUUUGACAGACCUUCUUUAACAGCGCUGUGGAGGAGGGUCUGGCUAGUCCACACUGCAUUGGGAUAAAAAGAUGGGAGAAAAACGUGCUGUGGUUUGUUGGCAUUUCUUCAAAACAUCCACGGGAAGGAACUUAUUUUGGGUGGAACAUGUGUACGUUCAAAGGUCGUUGUUAGUCGUGGAACAGAAAACUCAGAUUGGUCAGAUAGUCUAGCUAGCUGUCUGGAUUUACCCUGCAGAGAUCUGAGGAGCGGUUAAGUAUAGUCUACAGUGGCCGAGAGGGGCAAACACGCUGCAACCUAAUGAAUAACACGCAAAUAGAUAAAACACAAGCAAAUUUAAAAAACAUCUUCAUUAACACAAGCGCAGCAUUUAGCAACCGCUCUAAAAAUACACACAACACAAAAGCUGCUGCAAAUACAGAAACAAUGCAAAAAGAAAAGCACACAAACCCCGAAAACCAAAUGCAACCAAGAUGCAACCAAAAAAACGCUGCAUUCAGAAUACACAACAAAAGUUCUCAAGGCCUCAAAAGGGAGCGCUAAGUGGAACAGCUGGAUUUUCAAAACAAAAGGUAACGGACAUCCGGCCGAAAAGAGUGCAAUCCAGUGGAAUUUCCGGCGGCACCGGAACAAUCCCAGAAUUGGAAUGUCGUGGAUAUAAACUAUUUCUGAAUUGCAGACCAUUGCAAUGUACUGUACAACAGACCGUUACUAUGGAUGCACUUCCUAUCAUAGACUCUGGAGGAGCAUCUUCAAAUCAAUGAAAUCAUUUUGAUUACCAAAAUUAUCUGUCAAGUCAUUGAUUUCUUUAGUAAGUAAACCCCCUGUGCCACCCUGCGUAGAACGAAUCAGGUUAGCCGUUUUCCCGUUAGCAGUCUUUUAGGUUUAGCUAAGCUGACAGCUGGAAAGGUGUGGUAUCAAAGGUUCUGUUCUGCCCUUUGAACUACGGUACUAUUUCUUACUUUGCAAUAGGUUUCUUGGUGUUUUUAAGGUUCAUUUAGUAGCCCACAGAUUAGCCCACUGUGUUCCUCCUUUCUCUGUUUUGGGGCUUUGAUUUCCUGGCGAAGUUGCUUCCUAUUGUUUUAGAAACCUGGUUUUGAUUUGUGACUUACUGUAGAUGAGCUAGCUUAGCUAGGUAGCACAGCUUAGCUAAACCUCUGCUUUCUCUAGUUACAUAUUAAGCAUACAGUACAGACAUGAGAGUGGUAUUGAUCUACUCAUCUGACUCUCGGGCAGUUAAUAAGUGCAUUUCCUAAAAUGUCAAACUAUUCCUUAAAUGUAGAUAUGCAAUACUCAGUGGAGCUUCCAGUAAGUGUAACAUCUUUGUGUGAGAUGUUUUUAUCUCUAACAUUGAGCCUAAACACUACAUUCCUGCUUUAUUGUGUAAUAAGCAAUUGAUCUCAUUAUCAUCAUCUGUACAGACCAUCAUGCAUGCACUGUUUAAACUGUUUUUUUUUUUUUUCUCCCCAGUAUAAUCUUACUGUAAUACUGCAGCUUGAUGGGCUCAUUCUUAUUCGUGUUGUUGGUAAGAGGGAAAGUAAAAAUAUUUUUUAAAUUAUUCAUUCAAUCAGGUUUACAAGUUGUAAACUGCCAUGUGACUGCACAACAGUGACUUCCACCCGCUUCAUCAACACUGUAUAAACCCAGCUGUUCAUUAUUCAGCAUGUAGAAAUAUAGCAGGUGCAUGAUUCCGCAAAAUGUGUAGGUACUUCUCUGACCGUCUAUAACCACAUUUUCUACUCUGUGUCACAACAAAAUAAAUAACGGUUGACAGUCAAAUGGAAAGUUUGUCUUGUUGUACUUCUGCAAUUCGGCCAACAGGUAGCACUGUGGGAGAAUUUACAACACGCAAACAAAACAUGCACCAAACUGCAAACAGUGGUAAAUAAUAAACUAUGUAUUAUAUUACUACAUUUAAAAUUAUAAGGAAAUGUGAUGGUGGCCAG